CAAUUUUUUAAAAGAAAAUUUUUCUGCGUUUGCGCAUUGCAUUUGUUGUCACUCGAAACUGAAUUAUAGAAAAUAUCCGCCGUUCGGGCUUGCAUUCAUUGUUAAUUUAAAAUGGCGCUGCCAACAAUGCGUGGAUACUGGUCAUCACGUAAAAAUAUGUAUGAAAGUGCUAUAGUCAGACAGCGCAACCAUGAAGAUGAUUUCCGCAACAAGUGGUCAGACACCGCAAACUAUUUUAAAAGCUCAGAUGUGUGGGCAGCAAAACAGAAUGCUUGGUGUUCUAGCCAAGGAUUGCAGGACAGCUUGAAUGCUUAUAAUGAAUCAAAGGAUAAAGAUUCAAAGUCCUCAAAUUUGAGAAGACGUAGAGAUAAACUGGCUCUGAAGAUUGCAGAAGAAAAUAAAGCUUUUGAGGCAGAGCUGAAAGGGCUUUCAAAGUCAAAUUAUGAGCGUCUUGAGGAGAUGAAGUUUAGGGUUGAUGAUCUGAAGUCAGCUAGAGAAGAGAAGAGGCAGAAGCUAGCAGAGGAGAAAUUGUACCAACAUUGGAGAGAAAACAACCCUGAUUUAAGAAAAGUGGAGUCCGCUCUCCUUCAAGAAAAUGUUGUUGGUGGCUGGGGGGAUCAGAUAGUUGAAAAGGAAGAGAGACUAGAGUCAGCACGGCAAGAGAAAAUAGCAUUUGAACACCAGAUGGAAGAAGAGAGAUUGGCAGCCUUGGAGUUGGAGAGAAGGAAAGAAAGGGAGAGGCUGAAAGAAGAGCAAGCCUUAAAAGAAAUUCUCAGGGAACAGAUGAUGGAGUUCAAGAGAAGAGAAGCAGAGGCCAAAGCGUGGAAGCAGCAGCAAGAAGAACUGAUGAGACAAAAGUGGGAGCUGGAGAGAAUAGAAGAGUAUCAAAGAAAGAGAGAAGAAGAAAGAAAGAAAAAAGAUCUUGGGCGUGUAUUACUACGUCAACAUAAAACUCAGAUGAUGCACAAGUCUAAAGUGAUACAAGAGGAACUGGAACAAGAUAGGAGAUUACUGGAGGAUCUUAUAGCUAAAGAAAACGAACAGUUAGCUCUUCAAUCUGCAAGGAGAGAAAAGGCUAGAGCAGAUGCACAUUGGAUGAAAGAGGUUAUUGAGGAUCAGUUGAAAUUGGAGAAAGCAAGAGAGGCUGAGCUUGAGAUGCUGUACCAAGAUGAAGCAGCAAGAAUGUGGGAGAAAAGAGCCUCUGAGUGGGAAAGAGAGCGUCAAGCUAGACAAAGACUCAUGGCUGAGGUGCUAGAAAGUAGACAAGAACAGAUUGCCCUGAAACUAGAAGAGCUCCAAAAACAGCAAGAGGAAUCUCUUCAGCGUAGGGAAGAACUGGUCAGAGAAAUGGAAAUAGCCCAACAGAUGACCAGAAGGGAAGAGGAGAAUCAAAAGCAGAACAAGCUAGCCACUAAGGCAGAGCUGGAGGAACAGAUGAAAGCUAAUCGUACGAAACAAUUGGAAGAAAAGGAAAAUUUGAGACUAGAGCUGGAGGAAGAGAAAGAAGAGGAGGAGGACUAUGAAGAGUUGUUGAGACAGGAAACUGAACGCAUGCACCUCAGGGGACACACUGGAAGGGAUUACAGCAGGAAACAGGCCUGGAUGUAAAUAUAUGUAGUGACAUUUUUGUUUCAUUUUAAACUGCCUUGGAAGGUAUGAAUGUAAGAUACUGAAGUCGAUGUCAAAUAAAUUCAACUUCAUCCUUUAUUAACUUAUUUCACUGUGGAUUGACAGCAAAGGAGUAACUCUGCUGGACUGACUUCAAUUUUAUUGGAGAUUAUUUUAUUUUAUUAUAAAAUAAAAGAUAAAAUAUAUUUUUUUGUGUGCUGUUUUUGCACAUCUGACAAGUUACUGUUUCAAGAACUAUCAUAAAAGUUUCUGGGAAGUUAUAUAUGUAGAUAUAUAGUGCGAUAAUGAAUUUUCAUUCAUUCUAAGUUCUGUUUUAGCUUCUUGUGCAUUUUAAAUUUCAACCCUUCCAAAAAGAGAAUAGAAUCUAUUGCUUAGUUCUCAUUUUGUAAUUAAAGAAACAAAACUGCCUGGUCUCAUAGAAUUUAUUUGCCAUAAAAUUUAGUUGGCAACAUUUUUCUUUCCUUCUUACUAUUGUGAUGUGUGAAUAGAUAUUUGCUAUUUAUAGAUCUGUAAUUAUAUGCAGCCAUAUUAGUAGCUUUAUGAGUCUGGAAUAAGUGAAUAUUUUGUCUCAAUGUAUAAAUAUUUACAUUUUCGAAGGGAAGUUAGUGUAAUGGUGCACAGAGAUUACUAUCAAAUGUAGAAAUGUAACUGAAACAAUCUUUUGGCAUUUUAGUUUUAUUUCACCCUGUGUCCUAAAUGUAUGGUACUAAGACAAUGUAUAAACACUGUAGAAAACAUUCACCUUGUAUUAUUUAUUUAUACUGUAAAUAGUUUCAUGAUAAAAUUCAAUCACUU